GUUCGAUUGUAGUGGUGCUCAACCGAAUGCUUGAGAUAGCUAAGUAGCUGCUGAAAUCUCACGCUUGUCUCGUCGGCCGACCUGGAUACAGCUCUUAAAUAAUAUUCGCUUGUUGGAGCUCGUUUGCUAUUGCGGAGGGAUAAUUGCCCCAUUACGGAGGGACACUCUCAGUCGCCUUGACUCCUCCCAUCUUCGCCGGGCAAUCCACAGCGCCUAGCUUUCAAAAGACGUCGAGUCCCCGAGACCAAUCGCCCAGGAAGCCUCCUUGAACAUCCAUCAUGGCCACGCCCCGCGUCUACAUCAUCCGCCACGGAGAGACGGAGUGGUCGCUCAAUGGUAGACACACCGGCUCAACGGACAUCCCACUGACGGCCAACGGCGAGAGGCGGAUCAAGGCCACCGGCCGGGCCCUCGUUGGCCCGGACCGGCUGAUCGCGCCAAAGAAACUGGCCCAUAUGUACGUCUCCCCACGGAAGCGAGCCCAGAGAACAUUCGAACUCUUGGGCCUGGGUACCGCGGCACCCCUGCCCUGGUCACGUCACGGCGGAGCAGACGUCGGCACCCAGGAGUGCGAGGCCGUGGUCGAGGUCACCGAGGACAUCAGGGAGUGGGACUACGGCGAGUACGAGGGCGUCACGUCGGCCGAAAUCGCCGAGAUCCGGAAGAGGCAGGGCAUCCCUGGCCGCUGGGACAUCUGGAAGGAUGGCUGCCCUGGGGGAGAGAGCCCCGCAGACGUGACCCGGCGGCUCGAUCAUCUGAUCAAGGCGAUUCGGGACAAGUGGCAAGCCUCCGCGAUGGGCAAGUCGGAGGACGAGGCUUCCAAGGGAGACGUCCUGAUCGUUGCUCAUGGCCACAUCCUCCGCGCCUUUGCGCAGCGAUGGGUCGGAAAAUCGCUCGAGGAUGGCCCGACGUUCUUGCUCGAAGCAGGCGGCGUGGGCACGUUGAGUUACGAGCAUCACAGCAUCGACGAGCCCGCGAUUCUCCUCGGCGGCGCCUUCGUCGUGGACAUUGUUGAGAAGAAGCAGCAGGAGCUGGAGGAGUUGAAGAAGUAAGCUCUACGUUGGGGAGACAUCAUCUGUCGAAUGCAUCUAGACGACGUGCCUCGAAGCUGCUUGGCCCCUUUUGUACCUCGAAUAGCCCCUAUUUAGAUCUGACCACGAACUCGGCUUGGAAAGAUGGCCGAGAUCGACACAUGCUAGCUAGAAAAUCUACCUACCGUCCUCUGCGCCCCCAAGUUCCUCCCCUCUUCUUCAUAAUCAGCCCGUAGAGAAAAAAAGAUGCGAUCCUCCUCCUCCCAUCAAACCUUCGUCCCCCUAGCAAGAAAAACCCUCUUCGG